AUGACGGCUCACCCCCUCGGUUAUCGUUUUGUGACAAGCUCAUGGGAGGGGCUUCAAGAUCACAAUGGCAACUGGGUUCAAGGCUUCACGCAUAAAAUGCUUCAUGGAAAUUCCUUCCUUGCUGAAGCCAUUGCAUUACGUGAUGGGUUGCAACUUGUGUGGAACCUUGGCGUGAGGAAACUUAUAUGCGAGUCGGAUUGUAAAACACUUGUUAAUGCAGGGCAGGAUAGGCCCCAGAUCCUUCCCCCAGACCUUGGUCUGCUUGUGACUGAGAUUAAGAAUUUGACACAGCUUCAAUGGCAAGUUCUGGUCAGCUGGGUACCACGGGAUGCGAACAAAGCAGCAGACUGGAUGGCCAAGGCAAGUACUCGUGAUGAGGUGCUGAGAUUCGCUAGGGUGCUCUCCCCCGAUCCAGAUCUCCAAGUGAUCAUUCUUAAGGAUGCGCUAGGCAUCCCUUGGUUUCUAUUUUUUGCUCAUUUACUUUUCCGAUGUAUCAAAAAAGAAAAGAUGGAAAGCACAAAGGGAAAAGAUUGA